CUUUGUUUCCGGUGGUUGUGCUUGUUGUCAAAUUUGUUCCAUUAUUUAAGAUGUCUUUUUAAUAAAAUUCUCAAUUUCGUUGUUAUAAAUGAAAUAUCAGUUGAAUAUUUCAUGCAAUUAGAGAAGACUUCUGAAUAAUUACGUUUUAGUAUGAAAUGGAACGUUAAAUGAAGUCGUUUUAAAUAAAAGUGAAAGUUUAAUGAAGAUUAUCCAUUUCUGUGCUAAAAGUAUUCCUAUUUGUUUUCUCAGAAUAAAUGGAUCUUAUAUACAAUAUUGCCUACUUUUUUUACAAUCCCGGCCACAAAUAAAAAAAUGGAGCACCGAAAGGGCAACGGAGAUUUAAUUCAGAGGAAAAAUGCUCAUGAUGUACAAAGCAACGAAGAGCAUCCUAAAAAACUUUUGGCUGAAACAUGUUCCAAGUCCUCACAGAAUUCCAAAGUUAUUGGGUUAAUUUUUCUAUCAUUACUUUUGGAUCUGUUAGCAUUCACAAUGAUUCUGCCCCUUCUGCCUACUCUCCUUGAUUAUUACAACCGUGAGGAAGGAAAAGGAAAUAAUUUGUAUGCUUCAUUACUUGCUGCAGUCCAGAGGUUUCAACAAUUUACAGGAGCACCAGAUUGUUUUGCAUCUGUCCUUUUUGGAGGAGCCCUAGGAUCUAUGUAUAGUUUUUUGCAAUUUUUAACCAGCCCAAUUGUUGGUAGUCUUUCUGAUGCAUAUGGGAGGAAACCUAUGCUAUUAAUAUGUUUGAUUGGGAUAGCACUGUCCCAUGCAUUAUGGGGAUGCGCGAGUACAUUCAGCGUAUUUGUGUUGGCGCGAUUCGUAGGUGGCCUCAGCAAGGCUAACGUUAGCCUCAGCAUGGCGGUUGUCACUGACGCCUCUAACGAGAAGACCAGGGCUAAAGGAAUGGCUUUAAUCGGUUUAGCAUUCUCAGUGGGAUUCAUAGUUGGCCCGUUAGCCGGCGCUUGGUUCGCCGCGUCCAAUCGCGCGUCGGGCUCGUGGGGCGAGCGACCGGCUUUCUACGCCCUGUGCCUAUCUCUUGCCAAUGUCUUCCUGGUUGCCUUCUGCGUGCCGGAGACGCUUACUAAGGAUAAAAGAGCGCCACUUUCAUUUACCCUAUCGAAAUCUGUGGACUUCGUAUCUCCAUGGCAUUUAUUGAAAUUCAAUGCUGUGAAGGAUCUAUCGCAGCAUCAGAACAAAGUACUUACAAAAUUAGGACUGAUCUACUUCCUGUACCUGUUCAUAUACUCGGGUCUAGAAUUUACUCUUACAUUCCUUACACAUCAUACCUUCCAGUAUUCAGCAAUGCAACAAGGGAAAAUGUUUCUAGUGAUGGGCGUUAUAAUGGCGGUGCUGCAAGGCGGCGCGGCGCGGCGUUUGAACGCGGCGAGCGCGCAGAGAGCGGCGCGCGCGGCGCUCGCCUUGACGCCGACUUCGUUCGCGUGCGUAGCGUUCGCCGCGAUGACGAAUUCUCCGAUACUCUCGCCGAUCGUUUGGCUCUGGUUGGGUCUCGUGUUGUUUGCGUUGUCAACCGCUUUCGCUGUGUCAUGCAUGACGUCAAUGGCGGCGGGGCAGGCGCCGAGCCAGGCUCGCGGCGCCGUGCUCGGCGUGCUGCGCUCUCUCGGAGCCCUGGCCAGAGCUGCGGGGCCUUUGGUGGCUUCCUCUGUAUAUUGGUGUUCAGGGGCUGCGGUCACCUACAUGGUCGGAUCCGUUAUUCUAAUCAUUCCAGCUGUGAUGAUAUACAAAUUGAAGAUGUGAAUGCAGCCUUUACACUGCCCAUACUUAACUGCCGUCUUUUCACGAACUAAGUAGCUAUGCGCAUUUAGAGAUGUGAGGUUACUUGUUUUAAUAAUGACCGUACAGAUUUUCUAAUAAUAAUUCCAGAAUAAUUACACUUUCAUGUUAUGUUGGUGAAUGUUACAUGGAUAAAAACGUUGCUAUUCGUGUUUGUCCAACCCCUAUCCCAUUAUUUAGGGUCUCCUCACUUAUUUGCGGCAGGUUGAUCUGUCCUGGAUGUGUUACGUAGCCGCUUAGUUCGUGUAAAACCAUUUCAAAAGCAAUAAGUAGGUAUAAAAACAUUGUGUAAUAUUAAGCUAUUUAUUUCCAUUUUUUAUUUAUUACUCUUAUACAUUAUACAAGUGUAUGAACAAGUUAGUAAUAUUUAACUUAUUCUUUAUAAUACAAAUACACUGUUUUCAAAGUUUUAUCUCGAAUAAAGACAGUAUUAAA